AUGCCGACAAUUGCCUUCGAGGCGUACGAGCAACCCAACAUGGUGACCGAGGCUACAAUGACUGCCUCUCCUACUGGAGAACGACCUACACACCCUCAGUAUCUCAUAAUCCCCACAACGACAGCUUCCACAGACAGCAUCACCCUCACAACCACCAUCCUCGACACCCUGACCACCCUCACCCCGACAACCAUCACUGAAACAAUCCCCACAACAUUCACUGAAACAAAAACCCUCAACAACGGCAGCAACCAAAUCAACAAACGUAACUGUGUCGUACAGCAUGGUAACAAAAUCCCAACCUAUGCCUCCUUCUGCUCAGGCACAAGUCGCUACUCGAGCGCCUGUUCCUGCCUUGGAGUCUCCACGAUCUUCACAGCUACUGCCCCGACGCCAACCACCACCGAAACAAUCACAACAACAUCAACAGUAACAACCCCCACCUCAAUCACCAUCAAAACCGAAUCUAUUACGACAACAGACGCAACAGUCAGUCUCCCUUCGACUUCAAAGACAACCGUUACAACAGGUCCCAGCGAAACCGUCAUUGCCUUUGCCCUCCAAGUCGUCGGCCCACCGCAAUUUGCAAACCAAUACCUCAGAACUUACGAAUACACAGGUCCCACGGCCAUCGGUCUCAGAUUAACCACAGACCGAAGUCUAGCCAGCACAAUCUACCUCCACCCGAACAAGGAAAACAGAAUCUCCAUUAGGACUACUUACUCUCCAGGUAUCCUUUGGCUUGUCGCUCUAGCCCCUCCAAGUACAAACGUUAUCACGUUCCGCGUGGAAGCCGAGGCGGAAGAUCCCAGCUUCGGACCUUUGUUAUGUACUAUUGAUGAUGCACCGGCCAGAACCUUCGCUUGCACUAAUAUCUACGGAUGGAAUACUCUGGCCCUUUGGGUUGCUACUGGCAGUCUUGGUUUCAUUGAAAACCCCACCGCUGCUACCUCUGGUUGGGCUGUUGUCACUCUCAAGGCUAUACCCCUCCUAUAA